AUGGCGGAGUCGGCCGGGACGGCAGCACCGACGGGGCCGGCGACGCUGGCGGGUGUCAGUACGCUGGCGGGGACGCCGCUGCGCCGGAGUGCCAGCUUCACCCCAGACCAUCCUGCCCUCCUGGAGGUGCCUGGCCCCGCUGCCCUGAAAAUGGAAGCAAACGUGCUCGUCAUGGGAGCGGACAACGUGGGGAAGUCAGCUUUGACUGUGCGUUUCCUCACCAGGCGUUUUAUCGGGGAAUACGGAGACAUGGAAUUCAUCUACAGCCAUAACCUCACUGUGGAUGGCCGAGAGAUUCUCUUCCACAUCUGGGAUGUCCCGUAUUCGCAGGACCAGGCAGAUGAGGGCUCCUCAGAGGAGAAGCGAAUCCAGUGGGCGGAUAGCUUUGUCCUGGUCUACAGCAUCUGUGACCGUGCCAGCUUCAAUAUCCUGCCCCUCAAAGUCCAGUUCAUCAAGGCGGCCAAGGAGGGUCUGAGCCAGGAGAAGGUGCCCAUUGUCAUCGUGGGCAACAAACGGGACCUACACCACCAAAGGGUGGUGUCUAGCGAGGAGGGCCGGCUCCUGGCCCUCUCUUUGGACUGUGGUUUCUAUGAGGUCUCGGCCGCCGAGGCCUAUCACGGGGCUCUCAUGGUCUUCCAUGGGCUGGCUGAGCGUAUCCCUGACACCAAACUGACGCUGAAAAAGGGUACCAGGAUCCGUGGCAUCGUCAAGAGCAUGUCAGCUGUGUUUGCCCGUAAAAGAACAGACUCUCUCUGAGCUACGACCGGUGCAUUGCUUCUCUGUGUGCUGCCGGCUGGGGUCACGUCAUGCCUGGCUGGACUGAUCCUCCUCCCUGGGUGCCCAUGGAAAUGGGUGUACAUUUGAUAAGUACAAUGGUUUCCUUGAUUAUACCCCAACGUCAGGAUCUAGGUUUCCUGCCAUAUAUGGCCAGUGCAGCCGAGGGCUACAGGGCCUUUCUGUAACAAUGUGGAUAAGACCCCCCCAGUAGAGCCUGGGCUCCCUUGUACGUUGUGGGAAGCUAUGACUCCUCCCAGCCCUGCCCUCUUUGGUGAGGAUUCAGCUGUGUUUUCCCAGCCAUGUCUGACAUGUCAUUAUUUAGCACGUGGUCUCUGCAGGCCACCGUGAGGCUCUUUGCUCUAUGGUGGGUCACGCUUUGGGGCAGAAUCUCUCCUCUUUGCCAUACAUGGUUUUUAGGUGCCUCCUGCUUUCUUCUUUGUUCCUCCAGCACUGGAAAUCACAAAGUGUUUUUGCUGCUACACGAGGCAGCAUUGGAGCUUCCUCAGCAUCUUCUGUGGGAAGCUGCCCCGACUGUUGGUGAGCGGGAAGGAUGCACUGCUUCUGUCCGGUAGCGCUACUCUAUCUCCCUGCUCUUAUCCUGGGUCCUGGCAGUGCUCCUUCUAUGGGAUUCCUAUUACUUCUGCCCGUGAUACUCGUCAGGGUCACCUUGUCUGUAAUCCUUGAUCUGCUCUCGUUUUUGUGUUGAUUCUCGCACCCACUAGCUGGCACGGUGGGGAUUUCUCCGUUGGACGCCUGCUGGUGCUGAGCUGGCUGUAGAAUAGCCGGCGGUUCCCGCGUGUGCGUAGCACUGUCUGAGUCUCUCCAAACCUGUGUUAUCGGCUGACCCUGAAGGACCUCAGCAAGGAUUCUUUGGCUUCCGGUCCCAUCUGCCUUUUUUCUGCGAUUCCAAGCAGUGCUGUGCUUUUGAACUGUGAGUCCCGUCCCCCUGCCAGCAGUCCUCCCUCCCACAGCCUUUCAGUGAUUGCAGAUGUUUCCCUUGGUCAAAUGGUGUAUAGACUGUGCAUGGGAAAAUCAAUUGUGUGGCUCAUUCCCAGGAUGUGGUAUUAUAUAGUGCAUUUUAUAAACCCAGUCAUUCUCUAAAA